AUGGGAGGUGAAUGUGAAAGUUCAUCACCGCAACUGCAACAUCAGGUGAAUGAAGGUACGCCAACAUUACCGAAUGGAAAGAAAACAAAAGGUCGAGUAAAGAUAAAAAUGGAAUACAUUGGCAAUAAACUGCGAAGGUACACAACAUUUAGUAAAAGGAAAACUGGAAUUAUGAAAAAAGCCUAUGAAUUAUCAACGUUGACAGGAACUCAGGUAAUGUUACUGGUAGCAUCGGAAACAGGUCAUGUUUAUACAUUUGCUACAAAGAAAUUACGACCAAUGAUCUCUUCCGAAGCUGGGAAAACACUAAUUAGGAAUUGUCUUAACACUCCCGAUAUUGAUGAUGCGGUUGAUCCACUCGGGGCACGACAAGAAUUUACAUUUGAGCCACAACCAAAUAUAUCAAGAAAGCGAAAAUUAAAUGAGUGUCCUGAAUUACCAACAAUGGUACAUCCCACAACGAUAGCUGCCUCACCAACUUGCAAUCCGGAAGAAGCGGAAAAUUCCGAUGGUGGUGAAUCGGAAAGCGUUGAUAGUCACGACGCUGUAAUCGAAGAAAGCGAAACUGACAAAGAAAAAGAAAAAGCGACCUCGUUAUCAUUACAACAAACAUUGAAAGAAGCGCUUCGUGUGGCAGCCGCUCACCGACAGUUGCAAAGAAGCAAAGCAAAAUUUAACAACACUAAUGAUGUUAGAAGCGUCACUAAUAAUGCUAAUAAUAAUAAUAACAAUAAUAACAAUUGUAGUAAUGUUCAUAAUGGUACCAUUGGUAACAUUGCUACCAACACCAAUGUUCAAGCUACUGCAACAUUCCCGCUUCUCGCACCGUUUUUGUUACCUGGCUUGAACUCGGCUUCAACAGCGGGAACUAGCAACGCCAUUAUGUAUCAAAUACCUCAAGGCGUGGUUUAUUCAAAUGAAGAAGGGACUGAUGGUAAUUCCUUGUUCGCAAAUGGUAAUGGUAACAGUAGCAAUUCCUCCGAGAAUCAACAAACUAGUCCACAAUUUAUGUUUCCAAUCAAUUCGCUCACUUUGCAACAAAGUCUCUUGCAAAUCAUGUCGACAGCCGCGCUAAGUGCAGCUCAGUUGGAAAACAAUGAACGUUCCAGCUGA